GAGAGAUCAAAGCAAAGGGGAGGGAGGUGUGAAGUGUCCCUUAAAGGAGCGGAAUGGGGUGUGGGGUUCUCUAAGGGCAGCCAGUAGAAGGGGAGAAAGGGGCACCGGAGGGGGGAGAGGGGUAUAAAAAGAGGCCUCCCUGCCUUUGAAGAGAGAGGAAGAGGCAAACGUUGUGACCUGUGGAGCAACCAAGGAGUGCAAACACCUUCGUCCCGGCCUGCUCCCUCCUCCGCCCCCUUUUCUUUGGGGUCCCGACCAGUUAUGAAGAUGACAAGCCAGAGAUGGGAAAGCAAAGAGGAGAAGAAGCUCCUGAAGCCUUUGAUGGAGAAGCGGCGGAGGGACCGCAUGAACCAAAGCCUGGACCGGCUCCGGGUCUUGCUCUUCGAAGCCACGCAGGAUGAGAGACUUAAAAACCCCAAAGUGGAAAAGGCAGAGAUUUUGCAAAAAACGGUUCAGUUUCUGAAGACUCAGCCUUUAUCAGAGACGAAGCACAAAGAGGAGGCUUUCCUGCAAAGAUACCGCAGCGGCUACCGGGAGUGCCUGACGCAAGCCACCCACUUCCUCCGAGGGAACUCGGGCCUCUGCCAGGGCAAGAAGGCCUACUUGAUGGAGCACAUCUGCCACUGCAUGGAGAAGAUCGCGGCCAGCCCUCGGGCGGAGACCCACCAGCCGCCCUCCACGGCUUCCAGCCCCGGAUACGGUGACCUGCAACAACGCUACAGCCCCGAUGUGUUUGCGAGCUGCAGUCCUGCUCUUGGGGGAGCUCCCUAUGUGUUGCACCCACCUCCGGCCGGUUGCCCCAUCCGCCAAGGACUGCAGGCAUCUCGCAUGAAUGGCUUGGGCCAACCAAAUGGAUGCAGCCGGCCGUCUUCGCAGCAGAGCAAACUCUCGGAAACACGGAAUCCUGUAACGGCGCAGAAUCCACAAGCGCUCAACGUUUGGAGACCCUGGCCUUGAAGAGCCCACUUCUUUUUUCCUAUCCUCAUCUUGUAAAUGUAUAUUAAAUUCUAUAUAUAUAUUGUAUAUAAUGGGUUUUAUGUUGGCAAAGAACCAGAGGUGUCUUUUCUAUGGUGGCGGUGGAUUGGUGCUUUGCUUCUUCUUGUACUUUUCUUGGGGGGAAAAGACUAGAAAUUGGACACAACACAUUGCAAAUGAUGUCUAUACUGUAACUAUAUCUAAGUAAACACACUAUAUCAGGCAUGGGCAAACUUUGGCCUUACCGGCUGUUGGGAAUUGUGGGAGUUGCAGUCCAAAACACCUGGAGGGCCAAAGUUUGCCCACGCCUGCACUAUAUACACACAUAGAUGUAUAUGUACAUUGUAAUCAGGAAAUUACAUCCCAGAAAUAUACAAUGAACAGAAUGGACUUGCUUAAUGGAUGUAAUGAGGACAGUUUCAUAAUUACUUUUAAAUUGUAGCUUUUAAAAAGGGUUUUGGAUGGGAAUUUUCAAAAUUUUUGGGACUUUGGGUAAAGAAAAAAACGAAUGCCACAAGUAAUUUUUAAAAUAUUCUAAUAAGACAUGGCAAUGGCAACGAGUGAUGGGGGAGGGGGGGGACAAUUGCUUUCCAAAGCUUACAAAGAGCGACAGUGUUGUCUUUUAAAUUUCCCUUUGUCUCUUGUCAUUAGUGCUGAUUGAACAGAGCUAGAUUAUAAUUAUUGGACUCUGAAGAAAAUUUGUGACGUGGGUUUUAUUUUCAUGGUGAUUUUCUCAUCCUCUGCAUUUACUAGCCUUGUUUUGUUGGGUGGGGGAUUUGGGUAUUUUGGAAGAGCAGAAUAUUUCUUGAUUUUCCAAGAAAAGCUUAUAGUUUUAAAUGCUCAGACUAAAGGACAGUGUGCAAAACCAUAGCCUUGUGACUGUGUUUUCAACAUCCUGCCACCUCCUGGUUCUGUGAGCCACCUUCUCUGACCAUGCACGGAUGACAGGCUACCUUUCAUGUCAUCGAUUUUUCAAAGGAAUGAUCUUGGCUAUCCAAUGGCCAGCCACUAAAUAGGCAACAUCCCUUUCCUGGGACUGGACACAACCAGGAGGAAAAAAUGACUACUAGGAGAUGCAUCCCUUGCCCAUUUUCCCUGGACUUUCCUUUCUCUUGGAGAAAAAGAGUUUCUGUAAAUUCUGGCAAGAAGGAAUCUAGUACUAUAUCUCAUUCAACAACAACAACAAAAUUGCGGUCUGUGUGUCUGCCAAUGGCACCCCUAACUAUGCAUACUCUCUACUAACUCUCUGAAAUUAUGGAUAACACUCUUUAUGCAUCUGAUGAACUUGCCUGUAUUUUGCAAAAGCUCAUGCUAGAAUACUACUAAUAAUAAAUCCAGUCUUUACAGUGUC